AUGUUUAAGAUAGCAAUUUUCCUGCUUUACACACUCCUCGCCUCCCAACUGUGUGGGAGUACUAGUUCCGAUUGCAACGUGGAGGAUCUGGUCAGCCAGUGCGGAGGAUUCUGCUUCAGAGCGCUAUGGCCGAUACUGGACCACAUCUCCUACCACCAGGAGUCGGGAUCGAAUGCCAGCGAUAUCAACCACUUAGCCACACGAGUACAACUGGACAAAAUUGAGAAGCAACUGGUUGCCCAGCAGGAGGUCCUUUCCAGCCUGGAAUCGUCUCACAGAAACAUCCCAAAGGACUUUGAGCUGAUCGGUAGCCAUUUCUAUUACAUUGAGAAAUACAGCCAGCAGAAUUGGUUCGCCGCUAGAGAUAUAUGUCGCCGGAUGGGAGGUCACCUGGCCAGCAUUCGCAGCGAUGCGGAGCUCAACGCCCUCGGGGCCAGGCUACCCCCCUCAACAGAAUUUUGGCUGGGCAUCAACGAUCUGGGUGAAACAGGCGAGUACGUGUCCUUGGACUCCGGAAAACAAUCCACCUUUCUUAAGUGGUCAUCGGGGGAGCCAAGCAACGGCAGCCAUCACUGUGUUCUUCUGAACAAUUUUAUGUAUGGUGCGAACUGCGACCAGUGGACUUUGUUCAUUUGCCAGGCGGGCGAUGUCAAUGAGUAA